CACACUGCGAUUACUUCAGGACAGAGAGCUGUAACUAAGAAGUCCUGCAUCAAUUUCAUGACUUCCACCUGAGCUAAGAAAUUUAUUUUAUUUUCUAGAUACCUAACCAAGUUUUAUAGACUACAACUGUUGGAACAUAUGCUUAGGUGAGAAAGGGAGACAGUAGACGUCUGACACACUUCAUCUAUUGAAGAACUGAACAAAGAGGUUUUUUGAGAGGGAGGGGAAGGAGAGUUAAUGAAUUAGCUACAUUUACCUGGAAAUAGAUACUGUCUGGAAUGGGGAGAAAUCUGCAGUGGACAGGCCUUCACCUGUGCAUUACUGCCGUGCUGCUUCUUGGUGAAGGACAAGGGAGAGAUUUCCCUGGCAGCCUGAGCUGCCUGAAUAACUACGUGACUACUGUGAGCUGCACAUGGGCACCAGAGGAGCCCAUGGGUGAUGGACCUUUCCACCUGCAUUUCACAAACCUCUGGUCAAAGGGCCAAAAUGCCAGCUGCCAGCUGACUGCCAGAGACAGCAUGCAGGAUCAGUACCACUGCACAUUGCACUUAGCAAGACAAAUCUUGGAAACAGAUGGUUAUAGAGUCUCUCUCCAAGGCAACUUCUAUGGAAGUAAUCACACAUACAUUACCUUUCCAGAGUACAGUCCCCGCCAGCACAUAAAACUUGAUCCACCUUUGAACAUCCAGAGCAACAUUACUGCCAGCAAGUGUCAGAUUUGGUGGACUGUGCCUUCAUACCUUGAAGAAAUUCUCCAGUACCAGUUGCAGUACAAGGAGUACAGCAAGUCAUGGGAGACUGCUCUGAACAAGAUGCCCCCCAGUUCACUACCACACAUAGAAAUUGAAGGAAUAGAAUUUCACAGUGGCAUCUCUUACGUUGCACGAGUUCGCUGCAAAGUUUCUGAGAUUGAGGAUUCAUACCACAGUCAGUGGAGUGACUGGAGCCAGACAACAGUAUUUCAAAGAGAAGGUACACUAGAACUGUCUGAAAACCUCUUUAAUGCCAGAACGCUGCAGUUCUUGUUCAUUCCUCUGAGUUUUGGCACCCUACUCUGUUUAUUUUGGAACUGUAAGCUUUCUUCAAGGGCUAAAGUCCUCUCCUGCCUUAACGUUCCCACACCAGCUGCUUUCUUUCAGCCACUCUACAAUUUGCACAAUGGGAAUUUUAAGGACUGGGUUGGACCUAAUGAGCCUUGUAUCCAACUCAGAAGAGAAGAGGGAAGCAACUCAAAGAAAGUGACUGCAGAUGAAGUUUCUGAGCUAAACAUCCAAGAACUGAUUUCCCAAAUUUCCUUGAAACCUAUGGAAAGCACAAAUUUGGUUGCUGCAGAAGAAAUAUUUGCAUUUGCCUCUGGUCCAAGCCAGCAGUAUGUCCCCAGCAGGUGUGUAAAAGGAGAAGAGAUGGAAGUCAGGCCAGCAGUAUUGGUAACACAAAACCAUGCUGAUAAUACCAUUGGCCUGAAAAUCUCUGAAAAAAUUAAAGCCAACCUUGAGAGCUCUAGCAUGGGAAGGAGUUAUCCCUCUCACUUACAGCCUGGAAAGAGUGACUGCCCUAUGCUUCAGGAAUCUUUGGAAAUGGCAAGUGUGUCAUUCAGCAGUAGUGACUAUUGCACCUUGUGUGAUAGUGAUACUGCUGAAGGUUUGAUUCCUGCUGAACUGCUGAUGCUCUCUGAUGGCAAUGGUCUGGUCAAAUGUCAGAAUGAUCCGAAUGACCUUCUCUGAGGAAUGCUUCCCACAAAGAUCUUUGUGUUGCCUUCUCAUCUCCCAGUACUGUCUUCACAAAUGGCUAAAGUGGUGACUGUGCAGAUGUUUACCAUCAUGUAAUUAGAUUCCCUUUUUAGACCAAGAUUUUUGGUCUGGCUUGAUGCAGUGUUCCCAAGCUUCAAAUCUCCAGAAUGAGAAGAAUGGUUCCUAAAAUUGCCAACGUCUCAAAGCUGUAUCUUAAAUCUCUCAUAUCUGGACAGCCCUUGCAUAUGAAUGUGUCUGCACAGAAAUUGAACCAGUUUCAAGAAGUCUUUUUUGCUUUAAAAAAGUAUUCUAAACUGGUAAUACUAGUGAAAGUGUCGUGAGAACAAUUAUAUUCAGAUACAAACAUAAGGAGCAGCAAGUCAGACUGUGGAAGGGAGAACAUAAAACUUAAGAAGAUAGAGAAGCAAAAGCAAAUAGAGAGAUUGAAUGUAGUGGGAAAUGACAAAAAUGAAAAGCCAAGGAAGAUGCUACCUUUGUCCAUCAGGCAAGGGCAGGAAGACUACAAGAAUUGAGUAUGGAGGUGUUGACAGGCUCAUGGUUAAAGGGCUGAAAUGAUAUUGCAUCAUCAGACAAAAUACUUAAUUUUGGAAGCUUCUGCUUUGAUACAGCUACUUGAAAACAAAACAAAGGUACUACAAUAACAACAAAAGGAGAAGUGUAGAGAGGAAAAGUAUCACAGAAAAUGUUACUUGUAGCUAGGAAAAAAAAUCUGAUUUGCAUUUAUGUCUUAGGAACAACCAAAGCCUCAUUUUUAGUUAAUGAAUGAAUAUCUACAUUUUACUUCUAGGAAAACAGUACAUAAAAACCCAAUUUUGUCUUUUCACCUUUUAUACUUUAUUUUUUGGUUAUGUUUGACACUUGCAUUAGAUUCAAGCUGCAUUUUUUUCACAGCUUCUCCCAGAAUCUCUGAACUGUUGAGUCUGAUUUUUCCAUGAGAGUGUGAUAUACAUCCUGCCAGUGGAAGAUAGAGAACUUUCAUUUAGUAAGGAGACGUAACAUGGGCUCUGGUCAAGCCUUUCAUUUCCUGGGACUACUGAGUGCAUGCUAUGUCUAUCACCUGCACCAGAACAAAGCCACCAAUCUUUUCCCCUUUCUUUACUGUUGAAUUUUGGCAGAGGUGUCAGAAGGUAUUAGGGUAAUAUUUGUAUGCCAUUAAGGGAUUGAAAAUAUUCUGUGACAAAGGAUAUGUUUUAGUUAGUAUUUUUUUUUUUUCCCUUACCUGCUAAGACAAAUAAAGUAAAAGAUGUAACACUGUGUGGUUAUUCAGAGGUAAAUAAAGAAGAGAAAUCAAUUCAAAAACUGUUUUUCAGAAGUUCAUGUUUGAGAGCUCUGGAAAUAGUUUUAAGUCCAAAACCAAAAACAACCCUAUAGUUAUGAAAAUACCAACUCUACAAAUCAUUAGUAAAAGCUGACUUGAAAACAUAAUAGAAAUAAGAGAGGAGAGAACUAAAUGCCAUCC